UUGUUUUUAUUAAUUUUUAUAAUUCAUAAAUAACAAAACAAGAUAACAUAAAUGAUGCUGAGAUAGGGAUAUUUGUUUUGUUUUGUAAGAAGAUUUCAAUUUAAAAUAAAUAUAUCUGUGUGUAUUUUGACAAUUGUCAUACACAUUAAAAAAAAGAAAUAUAAUUAUUAUAAAAGUAUAUAACGGUAAUAAUAAAAUUUUUAAAUUGUGGAUUGAAACAUGCAUAUGGGAAAGUCAUUCUUAUAAAAUCAUCUUAUUAUCAUUUCUUAUAGAUAUUCUAAUUUCAACAAAAAAUCACUAUUCCGAAAAUCUUUUUAUCGAAAAAGUAAAUAACCCAUAUCGAUAAAAAAACAAGCUAAACAUCUCAUCUUAAUGUUAGGGUAAUGUGUACGCCACGACCAAUUUAUAUUGGAUGAAUAGUGAGGAUCCUACCACAUCUCCAGUCAAAUCAAUCGAAAUAGAAAGCGAUGAUCAGAAAAAAUCAAAAUCUAACGGAGGAGGCAUCAAUCAAUUAGGAGGAAUUUUUGUAAACGGAAGACCUCUACCCGAUUUAGUGCGCCAAAAAAUAGUCGAAUUUGCUCACCAAGGCGUUCGACCAUGUGAUAUAUCCAGAAAACUCAAAGUAUCUCAUGGGUGCGUUAGUAAAAUACUGGGAAGAUAUUACGAGACCGGUUCAAUCCGCCCUGGCGUUAUAGGUGGGAGCAAACCCAAAGUUGCGACGCCUAAGGUGGUGGACGCUAUAACCAAUUAUAAACUACAUAACCCUACUAUGUUCGCUUGGGAGAUAAGAGACAAACUUUUAAUAGAGGGCAUAUGUGAUCAAGACACUAUACCUAGUGUCAGUUCUAUAAAUCGUAUUGUCCGAAACAACGCGGCAGAAAAGUUGUCGUUCGAAAUCAAAAAUUUUGAUACAAUUAAAAAUGGAGCCAUCUUAGAUGAGCCGCACUUCAAGAACGAUAUGAUAAGAAACCUAGAGACUGAAAAUGUCAAUAUUUUAAUUGAUGAGGGAUUCGCACUAAAAAUUCCAAACAAAAAAAUGAAAUCAAAAUUAUGUUCUACCAAGGAUACCCCUGUCUUUUCACUAACUCUCGCAAAUAAAGAACAACCAACAACUAAAAAACCUUUAACUAUAGAUGAUUUAAUCUUGCAAAACGCUAAAAAUGAAGAUUUAGUGCGACAAAUUUUAUUGCAAAAUGGACAUAGGAAUGUUACGCCACCAUCCAUUCCCAAAACUCUUGCAACUGAGAAAAAUAGCUUCCUUUCCAUUCCUCCUUCUGAUGUCUACAAAUCUCCUAAUAAAAUGUUGGUCAGUAACAUAAACCUGAACAAGUUAAAUAUUUACAAAAAUAGUGAUUCAAAAUCAACAGAGGAAACGAAUAAAGCAAACAACUUGAAUAAUAAUUUCUUAGGAAAUCAUGUGAUAGAUCAUCAACAUAAGAUUUUAAAAACCUUAAAAGACAAUAUUAAAACACUCGACCAAGCCUUGUGCAUUAAUUCAAUCGACGAUUGCAAUGAGAAAAUUAAUAUAAGCACAUCGAUUUCUAUGUUCACAGAUCGCAAAAUAUCACUCAAAACAGAUUGGCCCAAAAAUAAAAUGUUGAAAAAUGCCAAAAAUUGUUCGGUUACAUCCCUUGGAGAUAUAUCAUCACAGAUUAUAUUACCUCCUUUCACCAAAUAUAAUCAUGCCUUCGAUCAAAAUCAACAAAUGGAGUUACUCAAUAAAUUUAUCAAAGAAAAUAUUGAAUAUACUCACGAAGAUAUAUUAACAUAUAAUAUUUGUCCACCUUCUACCACUACUCAAUCAUCCUUGGAUACUCAAAUUUGCAAUUCUAAAAAUGAAACAUCCUUCAAAUAUAAUAAAAUUGAGGAUCCUGCUAAACUUAGUAAUAGUUUGAAAGUUAUUUCUCCCACACGAACAACCCUAGAUGAUAUUCCAAACCACCAAACUUCAAAAUGCGAUAAUGGAGCUAAUACGAAUGAAAUAUAUAUAACCAACGAUCAUUUACAGUCUUCCACCGUUUCUUCUCCAAUUAAUAUAAUUCAAAGUAAUUCAGAUUCCCCAGGUAUUUCCGUGGAUAAAAGCAUUUCAUUGGUCAAUUUGCCUGCCAUUGAUCGUUAUGAAGAUCUAUUUGUAUACUCGAAUGGUCGUGUAAACGCUUCAGACGAAGCAAAAUUUUCAUCUUCCCUCUAUUUUAAUUUGCUUCAAGGAAACCCAAAUUUUAUACUUUUAUCCGAUGACUUUGAAUCCAAACAUGAUUCGCUAGAAAAAACUAAAAAUUUAGAGUCCCUUUCCACUAACACGAAAGAAGAUGAAGAUGAGGAUAUUAAUGACUCAUAUAAAAUGGCAAUGCAUAAGCUCAAUCAAUAUAGUCUAAAUUAUUCCCCGCAAACGUCAAGAUAUAGUAAUGCUCCAAAGGAAUUAGCACUAUUAGACAUUCCUCGAGAUACAAUUGAAACCUCUUUUAAUACCUUACCUGAUUUCGGAUUAUUUGCCGCUAGCGCGGAUAGUUCGUACAAAAUAAAUGACGCCUAUUUAGGUUACCCACCGCUCACAAAACACUUUUCGUGGGAAAAUUGAAUUAAUACUAGCAAAUUAAAGUUUGUAUAUAGUAGUAUACAACAAAAAUAAUAAUA